UUAAGCCUUACGCUAAAAAUUACGCCCGAAUUGUGGUCUUUAAUGACGCCUAUACUAGCGAUUACUCCAAUGAAAUAAUGUUGACUACCCCCGAAGGAACUCCAGGUCCCGUAUCCUCAUUCGAUGGCAUAGCUCUUGGAUCGAAUGCCCUCUACUUGUUUUGGGGACGACCUGAAGAACCCAAUGGUAUAUUAACUGGAUUUAGAAUAUUUUAUGAGAAAGUAUUGGGCACUCAAUUGGACAGUCGACUUGAGCGCAAUCCUAAGAUUGAAGAUCCGCUCACCACUAAUGCAAGGCUUGCGGGACUUAUGCCUCAAACCAAAUACAGGGUAACUAUUCACGCGACCACUACUAAAGGGUUGGGCGAACCCUACUAUAUAGAGCUCAGCACUAAAUCCGAGGAUUCGGCCGAAUAUCCUGACAAACCGUCUUUUGAAUGGUAUCACCGAAAGUCUCCCGACGGUAAGGAUGAGCUCAGAGUCCAGUGGAAUCCCACGACAGGAAGUGGCAAAAAGCCGGGCAGUUAUUUCUAUGUCCAGUACAGACUCAAAGGAAGCGAACGAUUCCUUAACACUCCUAAAGACGAGAAUCAGGAUUCACUGAUUGUGCCGAUCAGAGGAUUAGAAGAGGACAAGACAUAUGAGAUCCGAGUGGUGGCCGUCGACGGACAGUUCGAGACCCCCAGUGAGACACAGGAGAUCUCGUCCAGUGGAGGACCGGGAGCUGAUAGUACGGCUCACUUGGCCAACUUUGCGCCGUGGUUUAUAGGCAUGAUGUGCGCCAUUGCCCUCAUUAUAGUAUUAGUCGUAUUGGUGUGUAUUGUGAAGAGAAACCGCGGCGGGAAGUACUCGGUUCACGAGAAAGAGGCCGCACAGGGACGGGAGGACUACGAAGAGGGAGGCUUUAAUGAAUACAAUAAGCCUUUGGGUGGAGCCGGAGGUCCACACCAAAGGGGGAGUCGACAGUCUCUGAACCAUAGUCUACAUCAGGCAGAGAGUGACACGGAUUCGAUGGCCGACUACGGAGAGGGCGACUCAUCGAAGUUCGGCGAAGACGGCUCUUUCAUCGGAGAGUACGGCCCGAAGAAGAGGAGGGAAGAG